CCUCACACUCAUACAACUCCUAAUAAGUCCUACCAUUCUCACUCAGACAAUAUCACAAACACCUUCACGACAACCCAUCAAAACCUCUGCACAAUACAAAUCACCAUGGCUAGAUCUCAACAACGAUACAGAGGAGUUCGACAAAGACAUUGGGGAUCUUGGGUCUCCGAAAUUCGCCACCCUAUCCUGAAAACAAGAAUCUGGCUAGGGACAUUCGAGACAGCAGAGGAUGCAGCAAGAGCGUACGACGAAGCGGCUAGGCUCAUGUGUGGUACAAGAGCGCGGACAAACUUCGAAGGGUCGCAGUCGCAAUCGCAAUCGCAGUCAUCUUCUUCAAAGCUACUGUCUGCAACUUUAAGAGCAAAAUUACAUAAAUGCCACAUGACAUCUCUUGCAAUGACGAAGAAAACAGUGGUGGGUAACCAAGAAGAUCAACAGUCUCAUCAGCGGUCUCCCUGCUCUGAUACAGGGGAGGAGUUCAUGGAGAACAGGGGCAAUUUCGGGAAUAUCGUGAAUUGGGAGGGUAAAGUAGAGAAUAUUCAACAGUAUAAAUCUUCUGAAGAUGAGCAUAUAGAGCAAAUGAUCCAGGAGUUGCUUGAUUAUGGAACAAUCGAGUUUUGUUCUGUUGUGCAAAACUAAACGAAUCAUCUUUCUUUUGGUCUACCAAAACGACACCGUUCAUCCACACUUAUUAUUAGUGGUUAGUGAAGCCUCGAGUAUCAAUCAAUUCCUUAAUAUCGAACGAAAAAAAAUCACCAUUUUAGAAAAAAUCAAGCAAAUACAGUAGGGGGGAUAAUUUUGUAAUUUUCAUCAUGGUUGAUUUCACUCUUUGUACCAAAAAUAAAUAAAUGAGUACUUGAGUUAUGAUUUUGG